AUGGCAGCGGUUUCUGGAACACAGACCACGGAACCAGCCUCUGGCACAAACACCAGCUCUGCCACUUCCUCGCUGCGCAAACUCGGGGAAGGCCACACUUCCAUCGUGGAAGAACUGAAGGAGACGCUGAGUGCAAAGCCGGGGGCCAUCGCGCUGUCGGUGGGUGGCGGGGGCCUGCUGUGCGGAGUGGUCCAGGGGCUGCAGAAGGUGGGCUGGGGGGACGUGCCCGUCAUCGCCAUGGAGACCGCCGGAGCCCACAGCUUCCACGCCGCCACCACCGCGGGCAAGCUCGUCUCCCUGCCCCAGGUUACCAGUGUGGCCAAGGCCCUGUGCGUGAAGACCGUGGGGGCUCAGGCCCUGAAGCUGUUUCAGGAACACCCCAUUUUCUCUGAGGUGAUCUCGGACCAGGAGGCUGUGGCCGCCAUUGAGAAGUUUGUGGAUGACGAGAAGAUCCUGGUGGAGCCCGCCUGCGGGGCGGCCCUGGCCGCCGUGUACAGCCACGUGGUUCAGAAGCUUCAAGCGGAGGGGAAGCUCCGUGCCCCGCUGUCCUCCCUCGUGGUCAUCGUCUGUGGCGGCAGCAACAUCAGUCUGGGCCAGCUGCGGGCCCUCAAGGAACAGCUGGGCAUGAAGAACGGGCUGCCCAAGUGA